AAUGGCUACCGGGUCUUGACAGGUGGAUUAUUUUUUAAGCGGGACUAAUGUUUUCCAGAAAUAAAUUUUAACAUCCUGGUUUAGGACCAUAGAUUGUUUAGGCCAUAAGUUCUCCGGUCAGGGAAACGUGCGGAAGAUGGGAGGUCUCCCGUCAGGAUUCUCCAGGAUGUACGUCAGUAUAUACGGUGAUUGUCUGGUUGUGUUUUGGGUUAGCAUAAAGGCUGUCAACUAGUGCUGUCACUUUCAGGUUAUUUGUGUGCAGCAGCUGUAUCCUCUCUUGAAACAUCAGAACUGCUUAGCCAUGAGUUUACCAGCAGCGCCCCCGAGUUAUGCAGAGGCCACAGCUGGAGAUAAGGAGGCUGGGAUCUCCUCUCCUCCCUAUGGAGGUCCACCUCCCAUGAUGCCGCCACCUCCUGCCAUGCACCCCAGCUGGGCUUAUGUGCACUCCGGCCCCAGCCCUGGCUACAGCAACCCCUAUGCGUCAGACAUGUCCUCCCCGUUUUCGGACCCCAGCUCCAGUGGCAGCUUUGACGGUCUCGGAGGAAGCAGCUGGGAGGACAAAAAUGUCCGCCGCAUGUUCAUCAGAAAGGUGUUCAGCAUUCUCAUGGUGCAGCUUUUGGUGACGUUUGGUGUUGUUGCCCUCUUUACAUUCUGUGAGCCCGUUCGUCAGUUUGUUCAGUACAAUCGCAUUGUUUAUCUGGCAUCUUACAUGAUGUUCAUGGGGACUUAUCUGGUGCUGGUGUGCAGCACAAGUGCCCGACGACAGUACCCUACCAAUCUCAUUCUACUUGGAAUCUUUACUCUUGCGAUGUCCUAUAUGGCAGGCAUGCUGGCCAGCUACCACAACACUAAGGUGGUAAUGCUGUGUGUGGGCAUCACGGCUGUGGUCUGUCUCGGAGUCACUCUCUUCUGUUUCCAGUCCAGGGUUGACUUCACCUCCUGUCACGGCCUGCUGUUCUCCCUCAUGAUGGUGUUGAUGGUGACGGGGCUUGUGCUGAUCUUCACCGCCCCCUUUGGCUAUAUCCCCUGGUUGCAGACAGCAUAUGCUGGACUGGGUGCCCUGGUCUUCACACUGUUUCUGGCGUUCGACGUGCAGCUGCUGAUGGGGAAUCGCCGCUACUCACUGAGCCCGGAGGAGCACGUGUUUGGCGCUCUCUGCCUCUACAUGGACAUCGUCUACAUCUUCUUCUUUCUGCUCCAGCUCUUUGGGAGCCGUGAGUGAGCUGUGCCUGAUGCCGUCAGUCCUCAGCCUUGACCUGUCUAUUGACCCUACUCUACACACACACACACACACACACACACACACAAUGUACCUGCACGCACACACACACACAUACACGCACUCACAUAAAUUAACUGACAUGAACUGUUGGUUGCACACACACAAACAAACACACACACACACACACACACACACACACACACACACACACAUAUGUUCACUUUUAUUUGCUCCCUGAGGAAUGCUGGAUCUUCAACCUCAUGAACCGCUGAGGAUCGGUGGUGCACUGGGGUUAACAGUUUGGUUUGGUUCUGUCUUA